CUACAUCUCUAGAAUCCUUUUUACAUACAUAAAACUCUCAUGUCUCUAUUUUCACGUCCUCUAUAAUGUCCUCUCAUCCUCCCUUUCUCACUCUCAUAUUCAUCCCCAUAAUCCUCUAUAUUAUUAUUACUAUUUUAAGUCAAUAUACACAUAUCAUUAUCAUUUAGAUUGCAAAAGUUUUAAAUAUCUGUAGCGUGAAAUUUUUCGCGUUCAAUCUUUUUUUUUUUUUUCAUCUUCUGUUUGAACAAAUUAGCGGUUAAAUUUGAAAGACCACCUCAGACCAGGCAGAUAGAACAGUCGAUUGAUCUAACGUUAAGGUCAUUGAAGAGAUAUGUCAGCAUUCAUUCCUAGUGGUGCAGAGUAUGACCCUAUACCGUUCGAUCACACCUAUGUGUUAUACGAUCCCAAUGAUAUAAUAUCAUAUAUAUCAGUUCAUCUAUCAUUAUUACCUAUUUAUGUGAUGGUAUUUUAUACCGCCUGGUUUUUAAUAACUCGAGAAAUUGAACCAGUUAUAGUGGUUGGAGGUCAUUUAAUUGGUGAGAUCUUGAAUAAGAUUGUGAAACGGAUUAUGAAACAACCACGACCUGAGUUUCAUAAGGAUUUUGCAUCGGGAUCUUAUAGUUUAACUUAUGGUAUGCCAUCUGCUCAUUCUCAAUUCAUGGGAUUCUUUACCGCUUAUUUCAUUUGUAUUAUCUUAUUUAAAAUCAAACAUUUAUCGAAAUUUCAAAAGGGGGUUGGGGCCGUGGUUUUAUUUGUGGGAUGUUUGUUAGUGCCAUUUUCAAGAGUUUAUCUUUUAUAUCAUACUAUUCCUCAAGUUAUUGUGGGAGUAACUCUUGGAUCUACAUUAGGAUUAUUUUAUUUCAUAGCGACAUCAAUGGCAAGAGAUAUUGGAUUAGUGGAUUGGGUAUUGAAUUGGCCUAUAGUUCAUUAUUUCUAUGUCAAGGAUAGUUAUUUUCAUUGUUAUCAAAGUUUUGAAGAUGAAUAUAAUACAUAUGUAAAAUUAUCAAAUCAAGUUAAAGGAAUUAAAAAUGAUUAAAAAAACAACAUAGAUUUAUAAGUGUAUAUUUAUUAUUAAUAAAGAAAAUUGCAAGGAAGGUAUGAAAGAAGUAAGGAGGUAGAAGUAAAUAUUUAUAUAGAAAAUUUGAA